AUGUUCUCUUUUGCUUUUUUUGGGGGGGCUUCAUCUCAUUCUUCCUUGGCACCUACAGUAGAGAUUGGAGGUAUUUGGCCCCCAAAAGGAAUUGGAGUUUUAGAUCCUUGGGAAAUCUCUCUUAACACCCUUAUUCUCCCUUCAUCCGGAGUUGCCAUAACUGGGGCUCAUCAUGCUAUACUCGCGAAGAAGAAAAAACAAGCAAUUUACAUUGAUCCAUGGAAUGCUAAUCUCACGAAGGAAUUCAAAUCUUUCCAGGAAAGCCUCUUCUUUCUUGUCUACAUCAAGUGGAUUCUUCACUUGGACAAAUCUAGAGAUCGAAUUCUAGAGAGAAUUGAUCGUAUGCUAGUCAACGAGAAGACGUUGUCAUUUGUCAAUGUCAAACUGAAAGUGCAUCCUGAUUCGAUAUCAAACCACCGUCCCUUGGAAGGAUUAAUCAGUCUCCUAUCCUUGGUCCUCUUCAUCCGGCUUCCCACAAAGGAGCUAUCGAUUUUGGAUUCUAAUUCACUUGGAUUACGCCUUCGUGGGUCUCUGCGCAGCCGCCCUAGUAAGCAGAUAUUCUGA